AUGGCGAUCACGACGACGGCCGAGCGGCCGGUGCGGUUCCUGGGGCUGCGCUACGAUGCGGCCGACUCGGACGGGUCAGCGCGGCGGCUGGUGCUGGCACUGCGGCCAGAGUGGGAGGCGGAGGCGCUGCAGUUUGUCCGAUUUACCGACGGGAUCACGAACACGCUGUUGAAGGCGGUACGACGACGACAGGGAGCAAGCGAGCAGGGCGAGGAUGAAGACGAAGACCAAGACCGCGAGGCCAUUCUGCUGCGGGCCUACGGGCCAGGCACCGACGUGAUCAUCGACCGGCAGCGCGAGGCACAGAACCAUGAGCUGCUGAUGCGCCACGGACUGGCGCCCGAGCUGCUGGCCCGGUUCGAGAACGGAAUGCUGUAUCGGUUUGUGCGCGGUGCCGUGACGCGGCCGGACGACAUGCGCCGGCCGGACGUGUCGCUGGCCAUUGCCCGCCGUCUGGCCCAAUGGCACGCCAUCGUGCCGUGUGUUGCAGGUGAGGAGGAGACUGGCCAGGUAGACCUUCCAGUCGCCCUCCCCGACAAGCUUCGGCCCAAUCUCUGGACCGUGAUGCAGAAAUGGAUCCGCGCCCUGCCCACGGCCACCGACGGCCAGAAGCAGCGUCGCGCCCUCCUGCAGCGCGAGCUUGCCACCCUGGCCGCCGAUCUGGGUCCACGGCCUGGUCUUGGUCGCGACGGCCUCGUCUUUGCCCACACCGACCUGCUGAGCGGCAAUGUCAUCGUGCUACCGCCCAAAACGACCACGACCACGACCACGACCACCACCCCCCCCGAGGUCACCUUUAUCGACUACGAGUACGCCGUGCCGUCGCCGGCGGCCUUUGACAUCGCCAACCACUUUGCCGAAUGGGGCGGCUUCGACUGCGACAUGACCGCCCUGCCGACCGUCAGCCAGCGGCGCAGCUUCAUCGACGAAUAUGUUCGGACUUAUGCGCUGCACGUGACCAACACCACCACCACCACCACUUCCACCAUCACCACCCCUUUUGACAUCCCCACGGAGUCUGCACGGCUGCAGCGCGAGGUCGACCUCUUUCGCGGUCUACCCGGCUUCUACUGGGGCAUCUGGGCCUGCAUCCAGGCUACCAUCUCCGACAUCGACUUUGACUACGCCUCCUAUGCUGAGACCCGCCUGGCCGAGUAUUGGGCCUGGAAGGCUGAACUGGAUGGCAGCCGUGUCGCUUCUGGCGCUGAAAUGUCCCUCCGCGAGCGCCGCUGGGCCCAAGAGACUGACGAUGCCGGUCACUUGUGA